AUGCUACGGUUUUUUAUCGCGCUAGUUCAAUUGAUAGCUCUGACUCUAGCGAGGUCGUCUUCUGGCUCGAGGUCGCUAGUGAUUUUCGACCAAAGAUUGAUAGACUUGGAUGAUUACAGCGUAUUUCUAGGCAACCUAAAAGACCGCUCAUUCGAGUUGAGCUAUGCACCUGUCACUAAUGAUUCGACCCCCAUCGAGCUUUUCGAAGGAGAGGACAGACGUUAUGACAACUUGAUUUUGUUCCCAAUCAAGUCGAGACAUUUCAACAAGCAGCUAUCGGCAGAUAGACUUCUCCAUUUUUUCAGUGAAGGAGGUGAGAUUUUGGCUAUAACAUCACCCAAUGGAGUGGCUGAUAAUGUACGCAUCUUUUUGAACCAGCUGGGUAUCUUCCCUAGUCCAAAGAACUUUCAAUUAAGGAACUUUUUCCAGGACAACAGCGAGGUUGUUUUGCAUCUGCCGGCAUCUAAGGUUCUCAACGAGUACGUGGUCCCCAAGAGUGAUGGAGAGGUCAUUUAUGAAGGCUCUGCUGCUUUGCUUGGUGUCUCUGACCUGAUCAUUCCAAUGCUGCAAGCUCCAAGGACGUCAUUUUCCGAAGACAGCCAGAAACACGGUGAGAAGUGGACGAUUGGAUCACAGGGCUAUCUUGUGGCUUCCUUCCAGAGCUUGGAAAAUUCUCGGCUGUCUUGGGUCGGCAGCUUGGAAUUUUUCAGCAACAAAAAUUCUGCAUCCAACGAGCACUUUAUCCAGGAGCUGACAAAGUGGACCUUUGAUGAAAAAGCCGUUGUUAAAGUCGUGGAUUCUAACCAUGCUCAUUCUUCCGGACUUGAAUAUUCAGAUUCUCCCUACAAAAUCAAAGACGAAGUUUUCUAUGAUGUCAGUUUGAGCGAAUGGGAUGGUACAACGUGGGUUCCCUUUAUUACUGAGGACGUUCAAUUUGAGCUCAGAAUGGUGGAUCCUUAUUACCGUAUCACCAUGAAGUCAAAAGAAGAGUCGUCUCCAACAUUCCAGACAUACACUACAGGUAAUUUCAAUCUUCCGGACCAUCAUGGAAUAUUCACUUUCAUUGUGGAUUACAAAAGGAGCGGGCUAUCAUUUUUCACAGAUAAAGAUGUGAAAGCUAUUCGUCAUUUAGCUAAUGAUGAGUAUCCUAGAAGCUGGGUCAUUACCAAUUCUUGGGUUUACCUGACAGCUAUAUACGCGGUCAUUUUUACAUGGGUAAUUUUCGUGGCACUCUUUUUGGGGGUCAAGAAGAGUGUCAACGUUCCCGUUGAGAAGAAGACAAACUAA